AUGGCUAAAGAAACUAUUGAUGCUAGUGUUUUCUGUUUGACGUGUAUAGACUUGGCCGACAUUUUGAUCAUGAAACACAAGAGAGGGGUAAUUGUUAGAGUGAUGACCGACGAUGAACAAAUUGACUCUUCGGGAGCCCAGAUCUGGAGGCUGAGGCAAGAAGGAAUCAGUGUUAGAACAGACAGAUCAUCGUAUUUGAUGCAUCAUAAAUCGAUGUUCAAUUUACAAACAAGUUUUAUUAUUGAAGACAAUAAAAAAGCCUAUUAUAAUAAACGAGGAACGGUGUCCGAUGCGGUGUACGUUGCAGGAACUGCUUAA